AUGGAGCAAACAUGCGAUGAUAUAGAUGAAAUGUUCAGCAAUUUACUUGGGGAGAUGGAUAUGCUAACCCAGAGUUUAGGAGUGGAGACUCUACAACCUCCAUCUCCCAAAGUGUCCAACAAUGAAUUCAGCUUUACAGUUGGUUUUAAAGAUUUAAAUGAAUCCCUAAGUGCCCUAGAGGACAAAGACCUGGAUGCAUUAAUGGCUGAUCUGGUAGCAGAUAUAAAUGAUGUUGAACAGAGAACUUUACAAGCCCAGAAAACUACAGGCAACCACCAAAGUACAGUUACUCAGCCAUCAACAAGCUUGGAUCGUGACAUUUAUUCUAAAUCAAGUCCUUGUGUUACCAUUACUAGACACUUCGGGGAUGACUUUCCCCCUCCACCUCCAGACCCUGGUUUAGACCUUCCACCACCACCGCCGCCACCUCCUCCUGAGCCACUCACCCAGGAAGAGCAAGAGGCACAGGCUAAAGCUGACAAGAUUAAACUUGCAUUGGAGAAACUGAAGGAAGCCAAAGUUAAAAAGCUUGUUGUCAAGGUGCACUUGUCCGAUAACAGCACCAAGUCACUAAUGGUGGAUGAGCGUCAGGUGACACGGGACGUUAUAGACAAUCUCUUUGAGAAAACCCAUUGUGACUGCAAUGUCAACUGGUGCCUGUAUGAAAUGUAUCCAGAACUGCAAAUUGAAAGGUUUUUUGAAGACCAUGAAAAUGUUGUUGAAGUCUUAUCGGCCUGGACUCGAGACACUGAGAAUAAGAUUCUGUUUUUGGAAAAAAGUGAAAAAUAUGAUGUAUUUAAAAAUCCCCAGAAUUUCUACCUGGCAAACAAAGGGAAGAAUGAAAGCAAAGAAAUGAAUGACAAAAACAAAGAGGCUUUGCUGGAGGAAAGCUUCUGUGGGACAUCUGUCAUUGUGCCAGAGCUUGAAGGGGCCCUUUAUUUAAAAGAAGAUGGAAAAAAGUCCUGGAAGAGGCGUCAUUUUAUUCUACGAGCUUCUGGAAUGUAUGUAGCCAAAGGAAAAACCAAGACAUCCCGGGAUCUGGCCUGUUUUGUUCAGUUUGAGAAUAUGAACAUUUACUAUGGCUCUCAGCACAAAGUGAAAUACAAGGCACCUACAGAUCACUGCUUUGUCUUAAAGCAUCCCCAGAUUCAAAAGGAGUCACACUAUAUCAAGUACUUAUGCUGUGAUGAUCAAGCAACUCUGCACCAGUGGGUAACAGGAAUAAGAAUUGCCAAGUAUGGCAAGAUGCUGUAUGACAAUUACAAACGUGCAGUGAAGAAAGCUGCCUUGUCCUCUCGGUGGACAAAUCAAGGGACGGUGGAACCAGCUGCCCCUGCAGGAUCCUUAUCAGCAGGUGCUGUUCAGUCAAAUGGACAGAUUCCCCAAAUUGUUCGUCGUCCCAGUGCAGAAUUGUCAGAAACUCAGAAGAAAGUGGAUACAUCAGAGGCCAGGUCAAAUCACAUUGGGGCGUCUGGUCUGGCACAGUCAGUGAUGAGGCUACAGCAAUCCCAGAGUAGGAGGAACUCCCUGCAGCCUCCUCCUCCACCUGAGAGGCGGUCAUCUGCUAGUUCUGUUUCACCAAUUCUACCCUCCAAACGAGACAGCGGCAUUUACCUGUCAGACCCAGACAGCUUUCCAGCACCACCACCUACAUUGAAGAUGGAGUUUCCACCACCAUCACCAUCUGAUUUCUGCGAACCUCCUCCUGAUUUUGUACCUCCCCCACCACCAGCCUCCAGCAGUGGUAAUGGAGACCUGCCAUUACCCCCUCCACCUCCACCUCUCUCCACUAAGCCACCACCUCCAACAAAGAAACCUGUGCCACUUCCUUCAAAAAGGCUAGAAAACACAGGACAAGCUGGAGAGCCACGGUCAGCUGGGCCUCCUCCCAUUGGGGGUGGAGGCAGGCAAGGAGAUUUCAUGUCUGACCUAAUGAAAGCUCUUGAGAAGAAAAGAGGCAGCAGCUCCUGA